AUGCCUGGCGACGAAAUCCGUCUCCUCGCCCUCGAUGGCGGCGGCGUCCGUGGUCUAUCCUCACUCAUGAUCCUUCAGCAGCUCAUGGCCACCGUCGAUUCCGAGUCGCCGCCGAAGCCCUGCGAUUACUUCGACAUGAUCGGCGGCACGAGUACUGGCGGCCUAUUAGCGAUCAUGCUUGGUCGCCUGCACAUGACUGUCGAUGAGUGCAUCGACAAAUACACUUCCCUGUCUGAUGAGGUAUUCGAGAAGAAGAGUCAUCGUGUCACGAUCAGAGGGAAGAUCCAGGGUAGAUUCGACGCGGCCAAGCUCGAGCAAAAAAUCAAGCAGAUGUUAGCAGACCGCGGAUUUGACCAGGACACACUACUUAAGGACUCUCCUGAUUCUUGCUGCAAAAUCCACCUGCUGGAUUCGACCAAAAUAUGGCAGGCCUGCCGCGCGACGUCUGCCGCUACGUCCUUCUUCGAUCCUAUUACCAUUGGUCCCUUCAACGAGGAAUUUGUCGACGGAGCGCUGGGAGCGAACAAUCCCGUUUACGCGCUGUGGAACCAGGCUCAAGACGUGUGGGGCGACCGAUUGUGGGGCGGGCUCAAGUGUCUAGUGUCGAUUGGCACGGGAAUGCCCACACUGAAUCCAGUGCGAGAUGACGUUUUAGGAAUCUGGACUACCCUUAAAGAACUUGCAACCGAGACAGAAAAGACAGGAGAGCAGUUCCGGCGCGAUAAGUCGAGCCUCGACGAUGAAGGGCGAUAUUAUCGCUUCAACGUCGACCACGGACUGGAACACAUCGGGCUAGAAGAGUCGAAGAAGAAGAAGGAGAUGGCGGCAGCGACGAGUCGGUACAUUGGGUUACAGGCCGUAUUCAAACAGAUGAAGGCGUGCGCAAACAAUCUGGCGGGACGAGAAUGUUAG